UGAUAUGUGAUCAUUCGAUCUCUCGGCAGUUCCACCCCAUCAAUUAGGUUUGAUUGUAAUGAUCUACGAGUCAGCAAAAAGUACUUUUUCUACCAUUCUGAAGGUAAAGUUGAGAAUAUUUUGACGUAGGAUUACGUCAUCCUCUUGAUGCUUCCACUGCGUCACGUGAAUAGGUUCAAGAACAAGACGGUCAUCGUUUAUGAAAAUGUCGCAGUUUGGAAUGCCACCUGCCAAUAUCAUUGACGGUCUUCGCGUGCCUCACGUAUUCACUGCUGAAUCCGUCCGUUCGGCCAUCCAAUACCAGCCAAAAUCCGAUGAUCUGUUCCUCGUCACCUACCCGAAAUGUGGCACUACAUGGGCACAACAGAUCCUCUCCCUUAUAUUCAGUCAAGGGAUCCCAGAACAUUCCUUAGGUGAAGGCCCUUUCUUAGAACUGAAAGGUGCUCAGGCAGUUGAAACUAUGCAGCGACCUGGAUUCAUCAAAACUCACCUCCCCUUCAAAUUGGUUCCAUGGUCUGAGGAAGCAAAAUAUAUUUAUAUCGCCAGGAAUCCCAAGGACUGUUGUGUCUCGUACUAUUAUCAUCAUCUGAGCCAUCGGUUCGACGGCGAUUUUAAUGAUUUUUUCGAACUGUUCUUCAAGGGUGACAUCAACUUUGGAGAUUAUUUCGAACAUCUUUUAGGAUGGUACGAACACAGAAAUGAUCCGAACUUUCUUUUUUUAACUUACGAAGAAAUGAAAGAAAAUCCUGAUACGACAGUCCUUAAAAUGGCAUCUUUCAUAGACAACGAAAAAUACGCUGAACCGCUACGAAAAGAUUCCGAAAAAUUGAACAGUGUCCUGAAAUAUAGCAGUUUUCAGUACAUGAAAGAGAUUGCGAAUGAAAAUUCAGAAGAUAAGCCCAAAUCGUCUGAAGAACAGAGUUCGAAUUCUGAUCAUUCUGAAAAGACUGAUGCAUCUAGCCAAAUGGGAGAGAAUGAAUUUAAGAAAGGUAAUGCUGGUAAAUCUAUUUCGGCCAGAUUAGUCCGUAAGGGAAUUGUUGGAGACUGGAGAAAUCAUUUCUCGAAGGAACAAAGCAAACGCAUGGAUGAAAAAUUCACUGAAAAGACAAAAGGGACGAAUAUUGCUGAUUUGUGGAUUAAAUGCAUGUAAAAAAUGUAAUGUACCAUCAAAUAUAAUAAUUAUAUUAUGUUUUUCUAUUUAAUAUUUUAAAAAGUAUUUUUUUUAUUAUUAUUAUUUGUGUACUACGAUGAAAAAUUUAAAUAUUAUGAAUAAAAUUAUAAAAAAUGAUAAAAAAGUAACUGUUAUUCUCUUUAUUUCUAACAUUAUGAUAAAAAAGUAACUGGUAAUUCUCUUUA